UGGUAAAUAUCGUGAUUUUUUUUCCUCGUGGGAUCGUGAAAAAUCGCUCCCAAUAAUCACGCUUUUUAUUCGGAAUAUGGAAAAAGAAACAGCCAAAGAAGAGCCAAAAUGUGAAAUGUGUGGCUCUAAAGAGCCGAAGUAUAGAUGCCCAGGCUGUAGUAGGCGGACAUGUAGCUUGCCUUGCGUUAAGAGACACAAAGUAUUGUUCAGCUGUAAUGGAGCUAGGUGCAAGACGGCUUAUGUUCCCACAAAAGACUACAACGACAACACAAUGUUGAACGAUUAUCGUUUUCUGGAGGACACAGGAAGGGUAGCAUAUUCAGCUACUCGAGAUGCAAGCAAUAAACGGAGACAGCUGAACAGAAAUGUUACAUGCUUUCUAAAGCAAGCAAGACGGAGUGGAGUGUGUCUAAAGCUUAUGGCUCAUGGGAUGAAAAAGAGAAAAGAAAACUCAUCAUUCUUUGAUUACAGAAAAAAGCAUCUCAUGUGGAGACUUCAUUGGGUUUUCCCACACUCAAAUGCUGAAUACAGCGACAAACGUGUUUCAGAGCAUGAAGUUAUUGGUGAGGUUUUGAAGAGAUACAUUGAUCCGAUUGCAGGGGAUCCAGUUGUGAGACAAAGGUUGAAGUUGUACUGUCAAGCUGGAGUAGACAACAUUUGCAUUUUCAUGAAAAAGGAAAACCAGCCAGCCAACAAGCAAAGGUUUUACAGGGUGGAUAUGUCCAAGUCAAUUCGUGAGUUCCUACAAAACAAGACCAUCAUAGAGUUUCCUUCUUUUCAUGUUGUGCUAUGUGACAAAAGUCAUGAUUAUCCUACUGAAGAGCAAGAGAGCAACCUUCAAGACAAAGUGUCAAGUUGUUAUGCUGAGACACAAGAUGUAUCAAAUCAGCCAAACUGCAACGAAGAACAACCAACUAAUGUUAGGAAUGCAUGCCAAGAAAACACUGUUGGCCAAGAGGAACACAAAGUUAGCAUUGGGGAGCCCAACACUUGCCAGGAAAACAGCAUGAAGAUGGAGGAUGCAUACCAUGUCAAUGAAACCUGUGUAAAGGAUGUGCAUCCAGGAACAUAGCAAAAAUAUCCCUUUAGUAAGGAGGGUCCAUGCUAUGAAAAUAUGAUCAACUCUAAGAAUGUAUGUUCCUAAUACAGCAGAAAUAUUUGGAAUUCAAAUAACAAAAACAUGUGAUAAAGAAAAUGCCAUGAAACCAGUCAACAGCACAUAAUAAACAUUGAGGGUCAAAGGACCCAGCAGAAACAAAACUUUGAAUGGUGUAGGAGAACACAAUCAAAACUGAAGGUGAAUUCCAGAGACAUUGCCAAUAUCAAAGUUGAUGAUAAAAGCCUACUGAAACACUGCUGACACUUCUAGAAUCACCAAUACCAAUUUCAAGGAUCAAUACAAUGAAAAAGGAACUACCCUACACUAAGUUAUCAUAAUGAAUGUUAAGACCCUAAAAAUACUUGUAUCAUACCGUAGCAAGACAUGUUAUCAGAUUAAUGUCCAAAAACAAUGACCUUGGGCUUGAUUUGAAACAUACUCCAAUCUAUGGGGAUCAUACCAGGCCAAAAAAUUAGAUUAUUCAAUGGUAGAUCCAGAGGGGUCACUCCCCUUUCUUUGGAGUGGAAUGUUUGGGAUGCCCCCUUCCUCUCCUCUCACAUAUCCUUGACCUACCUCUGGUAUGUAUUUGAAAUGCAAACUGUUAAACACCUCUGAUAAAAAACAGUCCCAAUGUUGAUGUUGUAUAAACCCUUUUACAGAGUGGUUUUCAUAAGCAGUUGACCCUAUUUAGCACUAAUGUACCCAAACGUUUUUCUUCUCUUUUAUGAGUGCUGUACACUUCUUGACAAUUACACUUUGUUUAACAUUUCUGAAAACCACUCUAUAGUUGUAGAAACUGCAGUGUUGGCAAGAAAAAAAACACAGAUUUGCAUGAUGUUUUAAUGAGUUAUACAGUACAAAAAACAGUCACAUGAGAGUAACAUUUUCUUAAAUAUAGCCCAGGGAAAGAUGUUUAUAAAACCUAUAUAUUUUUUGUUAAACCAACAAUAGAAUCAGUAAAAACCAAUUGUUAAAAUUUUGAUGAAGGGGAGGAUUAAACAGUAACAGGAAGAUUGGACUUAUUGCUCAGUCACCCUUGUGGAAUUUUAUCUCAGGAAAACAUCUGUAUUUCUGAAACUGGAGUUAUCUCUGAAAGCAAGAACAAAUAAUCAGGGGAAUUAGUGAUUCUGUUAAACCUUGAAAAUAGUCAAUUAAAAUUCAUGAUUUGUACAGCA